AGUGAUCGUGUUUGAGCGUGUUUGGCACGCCCACCCGCGUCGCGCAUGCCGGUGGCGGCUGAGGCUGCUGAGCAGCGCGUCGACCGUUGCCUCCAUCCUCGUCCUCGUCGUCCAGCCACCGUCCACGUCCUCGCCGCCAUGGCCGCCGUCUCGCUCUCCAACUCGCCUAUCACGCAGGUGUCGCAGACACCAGUGCAGACGAACCUCCAGCCCCACCUCCUCACGAGAUUGCUCCUCGAUUUGCGCGGCAAACGCUUUUCCGUGGACCGCGAGACCAUCAUGAACCUUCCCGAAUCCGUCCUGCUCUGUUUGUUUCCGAACGGGCUUGUACUAAGUCGUCAAAGCGCCGCGUUAUCAGAUGGAGGAGAUAAUGACGACUACGAGGAGCUUUACGCUGUAGACUUUGAUCCGGAUUGUUUCUCAUACGUGCUCACGUUCUUCCGCAAUGCCUCGGAGACGUUCUAUGGCACCGCAACUUCGCCCGGCUUAUUCGCGGCUCAGCAGCAACUCGUGGAUGGCGGUUCUCCGACGUCUGACUUUGGGCCGUCGCCAUCGCAGAACCCCCUCUUGACCAAGCAGGCUAUUAUCGUCCUCAGGGAAGAGCUCGAGUACUUUUCUAUUCCGCCGAAGAAUACCAGCGCAUCGACGAACAGUAAUGGAAUUGCCAAUGAUGCCCUCCUCGAUCUGAAGCGGAAAUGCGGGGAAUACCUCCUCCAUAAGCGCAAUAUCUUCACCGCGCUGCAGCGCAACGUCAACAAGGAAAACAACGUAGCGGAACAGCAUCUCAUUGACAUGCUGUGCAUGAGCGGGUUCGACCGAGACGACGAAUGGGGAUACCGUGCCAUGGAACCCUCACGCUGCUGCAUCUCCUCAAUAGCACUCGUACUUCUGAAGACAGGCAUAGUGCAUCACCCGCCUGGUCCGACUGGCGAGAAGCAGGUUACCAUUGAUUAUAACCAGAUGGCGACGGCGCAGAAGCUGCUUCUCUUCUGGCGGAAGCCUGCGCGGAAGUGCUGGUGGGAUGGUCUGGAGAUCAACCUUGCCGGCCCUGGGGAGCCGGAGAACUCGGUUAAGCUGUGGGCAAGACGGGUGUGGACGCUGGAGCUAAGCUUGGUCUAGUAUAUGUUUCACUUCAUUCAUUUGCUGUACACGCUACGCUUUACCGUCGGUUUCUUGCAUCGGACUUCCGGAAUACCCUAUUCUCACCCGUGUGACGUACCUACUACUUCUCACCAAUCCACUGCUGUGGUAUCAGGUUAUCUACAUGGGAAGGCACGUCAGCGGUGCUGGUCAGCCCAUCGUCAUUGAACUUGGACACAGUCAGUAUUGAACAAGGAUCCAAAAUAUAUGUGCCGGCUCACUCACUUUUCAUGACGAUCGAACAUGUCAUUCUAUAUUCUCUACCACGACUUACCGUUCUUUCCGUUUACCACUACUCCGAUGCAUCGUAGCUACAGCGAUUGUCUGGGCGAUUUUCACGGGCAACGUCGUUAGUAACCCGUUAUCAGAUGCAAAUCAAAUCGUUCCAGAA